AUGUCGACCUGGCAGCUUUUGCUGUGCUUGGUGGCAACGCGCUUUGCGAGAAUACAUGGGGCGAUUGAUGCUAACAUCUACGAGAAACUGUUCAUGGUGAACUGGCCCAUGUUUGAGAAGAUGACGGAGAAGGUGGUCCAGGUGCAUGCCAAAGAUGUUUUGGACCUGGGCACCGGUCCGGGCCAGCCCUCCUUGCUGAUCGCCAAGACGUUGCCUUCAGCCAAAGUCCAUGCGACGGAUCUUCAGGAGGCGAUGGUUGAAAAGGCCAAAAAGCGAGCAGAAGGGGUCAAGAACCUUGACUUCAGCGUGCACUCCGCGGAUGAUCUAUCCUCCUUCCACAGCAAGAGCUUUGAUGCCGUCACCAUGAGCUUUGUUUUGAUGUUCGUCCCAGACAAAGCAAAAUCUUUGCGGGAGAUUGGCCGUGUGUUACGUGCAGGAGGGCAUGCAUUUAUUUCCAUUUGGAAGAAGAUGCCUUUCUUUACCCUCGCCGUCGAGGCCUAUGCAGAGAUUGCGGGUGAGAAACCGAAAGAAAUGCCUGUGAAUCCGCUGGCCUUAGCCGAGGAGAAGCUGAUGAAAGACUUGAUCGAGGAAACUCGAGGCUUGCUGGUACUCGAGCAUGAAGAGCCAGGUGAGGAUGACUUGGACCAGGUCGCUGCGCAGGCGGCCCUGCAAUUGGUGCCCUUCCCGAAUCCCGUCGUGGCUCGGCAAUUGCUGACCUUGGGCGAGGAGGAGCGACAGGCGGUGCUGACCUUCUUCCCAGCGCCCAGGAGAGAAGAGGUUCAGAUACUCUUGGAUCAGGCACCAGAUCCGAAUGCCCCAGCCAGCGCACGAGCCGCGUAUGCGAGGUAUCAGGCGCCUGAGCCGUUGCCGCUGGAACCUGGUGCCACGGUCGCCGCGCCCUUUGAGAGGUACAAAUUCAAACUCAUCAGCGUCUCCAAUAGUGGCUCCCAAAUAACCCUGGACUCGUAG